AUGGCAGAGUACAAAGAGUGCAUGAAGAGCGAGUUGGAUAUUUUUCUAACACCUCCUGUACAAACAUCCAUUCUACGCGCCGAUGAAAUCUCUUAUCAACCAUUGGCAAGUCUCGAGAAUCCUAAAGUUAUAGAAUUUUACUCAGUCGCGCAUGGAGAUUGUUACCGAGAUUUGUCUUCAAUCUACAUCAAAUUUAAAAUCCAACUCCUUAAGGAGAAUGGCGAAAACUUCAACGAGGAGGAUGUGGAACAGCCAGGAGUUGUAAAUAACAUUCUUCAUUCGAUGAUUCGUUCUGUCUCAGUUUCUCUAAAUGGGAAAACAAUUUCCCAAAAUGAAGGAGACUAUCAUUAUCGAAGCUACUUUGAGACUCUUCUAACCUAUGGAAAGGGAGCAAAAGAUACAUUUCUACGCAAUUCUGGAUGGAUUCGAGAUACUGGGGAUCAUAUGAUGAAGUUCACGCUGCUUCUGGUACCCGUUCUUUUGCUCACAUCCACAGCACACCCAGUGAGUGAGGAUGAAGAGACUGAUGGUGAUUCUUCGAGGCGAAUCAUUGGCUCCAGCGUGGUCACGUCGGUGUCUGUGGUGAUGAAUGGGCAGAAACCGGAAUUCACUGAUGCAAUUGGGAAGCCUGUACCACGACCUCUAGUGCCACCACAAGUGGCCAGUCCCAUCAAUUUACUCAAUCCAGACAAGUACGAGUUCUACACCUUCGAUGAGUCAGGGGAACUCAUCAAACGCCUCAUGACAAUGGAAGAAAUUCAGAGUAUUGUGGCAGGUGGAGAUGGUGAGGGCAGUUUACUCAUGAGCCCUACGAAUUCCACAUCAGAGAAUGAAACGAAAGUGGAUGAAAUUGUUGAAAGUGUGCAGAAUGUACUGAAUCGAGAAAUGGAAGCUAAAAAGAACACAUCUCAAACUAGCCAUCCAAUUUUUGACACCCCAGAUGUCUCAUCUUCCUGGAGUCUCAUCCUUCCGGCUAUUUUUGGCAAUACUGGCAAUCAUGAAAUUAUCACCCACAAGCCACAAUCAAUUGCCAUGACGCCUGAAAGUGAACUUCUUGAGGUCACAACGAAAUUCCCUGCCACUGCAGCUUCCACAAAAGCUACAGAAAUCACAAUGAAAACUACAUCAGCCCCAGAAGUGACUAUGAAAGCCACAGCUGCCCCCACAAAAGCUCCAGAAGUCACUCUCCAGAAGUCACUGUGA